GAAGUGGUGAAUCACACUAACGCGUCUUUGCCUAAGAUUACACGCAACAUUUCAAAUGCAGGCGAUGUCAAAGAUCCAUUUAACAUUCUCUCUUUUAGCUUCUUGCUACUGAUUAUCAGCGCCACCUUAUUUGGAAAUAUUCUGGUGAUUCUUGCGUUCAAGAGGAGCGUCAAGAUUCGAACGGUAACUAACUACUUUGUGGUAUCGUUAGCAGUAGCGGAUAUCCUAGUUGCCCUUGUCUCUAUGCCCAUAUGGGCCGCAUUUCUAAUGCAAGCAAAUGUUCUUGAAGGAGGCCCGCUGGUAAAGAUCUGGACAUUUAUGGAUAUCCUCUGUGGAGUAGCCUCCAUUAUGAAUUUGACUGCAAUAAGCAUUGAGAGAUAUUUCUGCAUAAGGUAUCCUCUCAAUUAUCACACUACCAUGACGUCACUCAAAGCAAUAACUAUAAUAAUCAUAAUUUGGAUCUUUUCGAUUUUUAUGUCUUCGUUGAAGAUUAUAUUGUGGUUCUGGCCUCCCCCAAACUACGAACUAAUGGUAGUUAUAAGCUGUUUCUUUAUUCCACUGGUUGUUAUGUGCACGACGUACCGAUAUAUCUUUAAGACGGCCAGUUAUCAAGCGCGACAAAUCGCACUUAUGAUCAACGGCAACGUCAAGAACUUCCUUCUGGCGUCCGAGAUGCGCGCCGCCAAAACUCUAGCUGUUGUGAUGGGUGCGUUUGUAAUUAGCUGGGGGCCUUUCUUCAUUUUAAAUAUCUUGUUUGCAUACUGCCUUGAUUGUGUCACUACUGAUUCCGUCGUAGUGGCGAAAUGGAUGCACUACACAAACUCUCUUUUUAAUCCCAUUGUCUACGCGUGCAUGAACAAGGAGUUCCGAAAGGCUUUCUGCAUCAUCUUGUUUGGGCGAAAGCGCUGUUGUCGCAUGAGAAAAAGGGGAGCUGAAAGUUCUACGGAUCAGACUGAACUAAGUCCGGGAAAUCGCCAUGUUUGACAUGGGUGUAACGCUUGUUAAUAAAUGGAAUGACGGGGUCCUGUUAUCACUACCAACUGGACGAAACAGGCUGACCAAUCAAUUAUGUCAAGUUGACUGCAAUACGAAUAAUAACGAAGUCGAAGGACAAGUGCAGUAGGUUAUAUUAAAGACCGCAUGUAAUGUCAUUAGAACGUGAAUGUGAUUUGCUUUGAGUAGCUACAGCCUUUUGUAAGAGUUCUGACAAAAAAUGAGAUUCAUGGCUCAAGUGAUGAACUGGUUAUCAAUUGAGGUUUUUGGCCAUGGGUAACUGUCCACCUACCCCUUCCCUAAGUCACAAUGUUGCCCUAAGUGAGAAGAAAGUGUUAAUGUUGACUUAGGUGAGGGGUAGAUGGUCGGUUACCCACACUAGGACCUCAAUUGAUCCAAUGAACUUUGUCUACAACUGCACCAGCAACACUCUAAUAAUGCACCAAAAACAAUACAAAUACACCCAGUGAGGACGUCGGAGAUAUAUAAUGUGAAAACAAAAUUUACGGAACAAAAACAACAGGUUAAAUGCAUGCCUUAAUUAUGAGGGCCACAAAUGAAUGAUCCUGAAACUCGAUAACAAUGCGCAUGCGUCUGCGAUGCGGGCUCAGUGACAUAUUCUGCGCACUCGAUAUUUUGAUAUCAACUCUUUUUCCAGUUUUUAAUACGUGAAGUGAGUCGUCAAGUUAUAAGGUGCUUGUUCCUAAUUCUCCAAAAACAUGUGACCUGUUGGGUAAGCACUGGAUCGAAAACAUCGGGUUUUUUUUCCUUACUUUGAUUUUGCGUUGAAAAUCAUUAUUUUUGAGUAUUUCCGACUUAGUUGUAACCGAAGAUUGUGCACAUAUGAAAACCAGGUCAAUUAAGGACUUAAGAGCUCUUCACAUAGGUUCACAACUCUUUAAAGGGACUGCGUCAAGGCGAUUUAGUCCAUUUCGUUUGGUCAUGCCAAAUGACACGCUAUAAAACUUCACGCCGACAAUUAUAGCUUUUCAAUAGAGUAUUUCCAAAAAAAAAAAUACUACUUACGAUACCUUAGUUAAUGACUUGAACUAAAAUGAAGUUACAAAUAUCAUAGAUGAACUUUCAAAGCCUUUUGAGAUGAACAGUUUUUAACCAAAAUUGAAACAAGUCAAAUUUUCUUCAGGUUGUCCAAUUCAGUGUUUCCUAUUGCAUUCUUUUUUUGUGUUGUUGGAAUUUUUCUUCACUGUUUUAACUGGUCACUGGGUGCUUUCCUCUAUUUGUUGGCCAGUUCCUAGUAGUUCAGUUUGGGCACGCUUUCAGAUUGCACAGCUGUUUAAUCUAAAGUUACAACUGUUAGAUCCCAGUAAAAGAGGAAGGCAAAGAAGCAUCUUAAAUGAAAGAAAUAUUUUAAACGUGAAGACUAAGAUUAAGUGCAUUAUUAGAAACAAGAAAUGGCUUCAAAAUUGUUCCUGUGGAACUGUUUGUUAUUUCAAUUACCUUUACAGCUUUUGAAUUAUUUUGGUAGAAAAAAAUUAAAGCUUAAACCUAAACCACAUUCAGUAUGAACUCUAGACACUAACUUUUACUUUUUUAUAUUUUCGCCAUGAUUUUGUAAAAAUCUUUAUUGAAUAGUCGCGUUUGGUAAGAUGAUGUCAACAUCUAUACUCUUUAAUCAUACUUUUAGCCUUUUUACGCAGAAAAUAUUUAAAUACAUAUAUAUGGACACUCUUACUUAAUUCAUUCUUUUUCAAUCAAUAUGUUCUCAUUUGAAGUUCUCCUUUUCAUGUAGACUAGUUUCCACCUUGGUUUGCAACGGCUUAGAUGUAUUCACCGAGACAGAUAGCAUUAAUGACCUUUUUUGUAUAUAGAAUAAUUGCUUAAAACGUUCUACCCUGAAUUGCUUCAGGGGCACCCAACGUCAAUUUUCGGAAAAUAUCUGUUCGGAAGACGAUUUGAGAUCUAGAAUUUUCGGAAAAUUUGCUGUAAAAUUUCUUGCUUGCCUGCCUCUUAUAGGAUUUUCGAACAUCGAAAAACUAGUAAUUGCCCAUUUUUAACGGAUUUUUACCCUAGAAAGGUCACCUAGAAUUUUCUGGAGCCUUUUUUUCUGGCUGGAUCGGAUCACUGUGACUUUCAGUUAGGAAAUCCAAGCAGCUGAAAAAUUUUUAGGGGAUAAAAAUAUGCCUAUACCUACCGUCUAAAUUAUACUAAGUACGUUUAACAAUGCUAUGUUUAAAUGAUUUGAACUAUAUUCUCGUUGGGUGACCCUGUUGCUUAAGAAGCCUCAAUUGAAGCUGCGAAGGUUCUGUAUUGUUUGUGAGAUAACUAAUUGAAAAUAAAUUGAUUUCGUAAAACUCAGCGGAACCUUUUAACUCAUUUAUGACACUGCUUCAUUGGGUUAGAAAAUGCGUUGCAAGUAAUUGCUUAAAGUAAUUGUUCUAUCUCUUCCUGUACAGUUCCAAUUUUGACUACAAACGUUAUGGCCUGUUGGUUUGGCAAAAAGCGGUAAACGUUGAAUCCUCAAAGACAAGGCAGCCAUUUUGAGACACCAUGUUGAAUUUGCAAAAUGGCGUCCGCAAUCGUAUUAUAUAUGCGCGGCCGACGCACAUCCAUUAUUAGCUUGCUCGCUCUACUACGCUCUAGCAGCUAUUCUUGACGUUUCUAUGUCUCAUCUUCUUCUUGCAUAGUGUUAAUAUAUAUUAUUACACUUUUCCUGAGAGGGUAUGACUGUUUGCAACUGAAACUGUUUGAGUUUGAGUUCUUCCUAUAUCCCUAUUUUCUCUAGUCUGUUUAUCGUUUAAUCGACUGAGAACAACUGCAGUAUUAUGUCCUGCUAACUGAAAUGUUUAGAAAACACUUCUUCUUUUUAAAAAUCUCAUCAGUGAUAUAAAUUGACAAGUCUGGCAAAUAAUAAACAAUCGAGAGAGAGAAAACAAAUACAUGUACAAUAUCGACAACCGACAAUUGAUCGCGACUUACGCCACACGUACACGAAAGAGGGAAAACCGGCAGGUCAGCAAGAAACAUUACGUUCUAAAUUUGUAUCAACGGGUGUUUCAAAUUAGGGUAGAUCACACAAAGAAGCCUUCUACAAUUUUCUUACAAAAAAACUCAAUUAUGCUUAAGUUAAUGUGUUUAAUAAUUACUUUCUUCUUCAAAAUGUUACUAAAGAAAUUAACAGGUCUGCAUCUCUUCCUUUCUCCCACACAGUAGAUUUUUUUUUUCAGCUUUUAACUGAAGUAGAAUUAACAACAAGACAAUACCCUCGAUUUGCCCCUUUUUAGAUUUUUUUCUUCAGAAAAUAAACCAUAUUUUAUAGACUUAAUUAUCGUUUUCCGCAUAAACGUGAGGAACGAUUCUUCUAUCAAUCAAACGAAACUUCUUUCAUAUCAGUUUUGAGAUCGCACUAUGAAAAGAUAAAGGCUGGAGAUGGUUUCCAUGACAAUAGAACGCACUCCUUAAUUCUUAUUGGAUGCCUUCAUAAGGAAUAAGUUUCCUUUUCCAUUUAUCAAAUUAUAGACUUGGUAAGUUCUGUUUAGGUGUCAACACCGUAGGCUGUUUCACGAACGCGAUUUUAUAUGACAGAUGUUGAAUUAAGGUAAGGAAUUUUACUCUUUCAAAGGCAAAAAGAAUUCGAUAACACAGAGGUGAAACUGCCGGCAAAGCAGCAUUUAGCUGUUUAUUCGUAAGGUGAAAAUAUCUUCCCACCGUAUUUCACUAUUUUAUCUUUCUUAUUUAUUUUAUCUUCACAAAUAUCAUUUGGUGUAGUUAAUUUAUAUGUAGGGUGCAUCUAUCAAGACCCCUUUCACAAAAUUUACUUGGCAACUUUUUCAGGCGCUAUGCUAGUUAAACGUGUCAAAUUUCUAACUGGUUACACCGUGUCAGUCAGUCACAAAUUCACCAGAUAUGAGAGAGCCUCUGGGAACACUGAAGCAUAUAUUUUAUUCAAUUAUUUUACCUCUUUAACCAUAAAUCGCUCCCUUUAAAUUCAGUUUCCCUAGAGUAAAAUAAAAUUCAGAAGGAAGAGUUUCUUCCUCAUCCUCAGACAUCUGCUUUACGUGAGGUUGUUGUCAUUUACAUCUCUUUGAAAGCUAACAGCUCACAGAUUCUGAAGUUUGAAACGCGUCGAAAAAUGAGCACACCAGUGAAAUCUCUUUUUUUUGACAUACAACCGAAUUGUUCAAGUUAAUAAGUUUCAGUGUUUGCCUACAAAUUAACCACUCUAAAGUGAACGCACAGUAUCAGCUAACUAAAGGUUAUCGCAAUCUCCGAGGACAGAAUUUUAACAAAAGCAACAAGCAUAUCUCUUUUGUUCGUUGUGAACAUGAACGAAGAAAAAUGUAAGGAAACGUUCUUCCGAAACGCUUUCAAGGGGCUAAUUAUUGAUAUUUAAAAACUGAAAGGCAUUCCGCACUUUAAUCUCUCGGCUUUCGACUCAAACGAGCUGAGCAGUAUUUAACAACUGACCUUCAAUAUUCAAUGCUUCCUUAUCCUUUUUAAGCUAUUUGCAACUCUGAGGAAUCGUUAUUUAUGAUAACAAGGUUCUAAAAGAUCAACUUCUGACAAAAUAGAUGGAGUAUAUUUUGCUUUAUUGCCACUUUUCACAACAAAAAGAUUAUUGUUUUGCUGGCCUCAAGGAAAAUUGAAACACACGAAUUCAUAAUUCUGAGGAGUAGCUGAUGUGCAUUUGACUGCGAUAAACGUUUCAUUUUAAUCUCUUUCUGGUUUUAGAUUAACGAGACUUCUAUUUCUCAACAAAUAUUAUUAUUUAUUUUCUAUAAUGAACGAGCCAAAAAUGCAUUUUACAUUUACGAUAUUUCCUCUUUUCACAGUUGUCUUUCAACAAUAAUGAAAACGCUUUCAGUUAAUGAAAAGCUUUUGAUGUCAUCUUUGAAAAGUAAAAAAAAUAUAUGGUACCAAAUUAGGCAACUGAAGUAAAUAACAGAAUCGAUCUCUUUUUUUAUCAAUGGAUUGUUAUUUUUUCAAAACCUCCGGAUCAGUUUCCGUUUCGUUUCUGCUUAUCUAAAAUCCCUUCAUUUUUUUUUUUUUUUUUAAUUCAGAAAAGUAUAGUAAUAUUCAUUGUAAGCAAUAAGAAUAAAAUUAAAUUAAUGGCCUUUUGCGAUAUCUUACUUUUGAUUUAUGGUUUCACAAGAACAGCAACGUGACAAGUCGUAUUUUUGGCCAUUUCUAAAUCAUUUAAAAACUGUGGUUAGUGCUGUAUCUUUAUAAUUUCCUUAAGCCUUCUGAACCGUUUCUUUUCCAGAAUUUUCUUGGAAGAUUUCAGUUUAAACCAAUUCACUGAUUUGCAGGAGACAGUCGUUUUUUAAAUCAACCUUAAAGUCAGUCUGGAAAAUUUUAAAACGAUGAAACAAACUGUAAAAAGGAUGUUUAAAAAGCCAAACAAAACAUUUUGUUCUUAACGCUUAUUUUUCUGUUCAUAAUUUUGAAAGGUGUUGUCAUUGGCUUAAAUUAACAUGAAUUCCAACCUCUAUCUAUAUUAUAUCAGUUGGAGCUCUCUUUUUGACCGUAACUGUGCUUUAAAACAUUUUGGCAUCUCAAGACUUCGAGCGGAGUCUAGCGUAAUCUUUGUUCAUGACAUCUGUUCCUGUUUUACAACCGUCAUUAAAAGUAUUGCCUUUUGGUUCUAUUCGCUUCAGGUAUGGGUAGAUACCCCUCUCUGCAAAAACAACUUUAAACUUUUCCGUUAAAUGGGGAAAGACUAUUUUCACAAGACGGUAUUUCAGUAAAUUUUUCUCCAAAUUUUCCAACAUCUCUAAACGCAUCCUGUUGUGCAGGCCAUCGAAAUUAUUCAGUACACUAACAGGCUGCACUGUUAUACAAUUUUCGGUCUUUUAAGUCGAAAAAAUAAGAAAUUUUUACCACUGAAAAAAAUGAACUUGAAAGUUGGAGGUUUAUAGAGUGGUCUCUUGUGACCAUCACUCGGUUCACUUUGCGUGCAAAACGACGAACUGCCUCCGGCAAACUAUCACUGUCAAAUUUCCUGCACUUAAUCUUACACUGAUGAAAAAAGGAUAAUCAAGAUUUCCAUUUGUGAACUGACCCGUAUUAAGGAUAUAUCGCUGAUAUAAGUUUUUGGUGGUUCACAAUUUUGCAAACAAAGGGAUCUUAGAAACAAACAUGUAAAUUAAACAUUUAAUAAAAAGUGAUAAAUUGAUUGAAGACCGUUUGAGAUGACUUUUGCUGUAUUUUUUUUGAAGUUUAGUGAAUGCCGUGGUCGUCCCUAGAGAAAUCUACAUGAAGAUGACCAGAAAAAAAAAUUUAAGGAAGUAUUGCCGCUUUCGGUUUGUUUAUGAAUUGAGAUUAGCAGAUUCUUAGGAUUUUAACCUGCAGCUAAUAAGUGAUUUUAUACAACAAGAGUGUCUCUACCCUGCCUAUAGCAUGUGUAAAAACUCGAUCAUGGCAAGACGAGGUUAUUCGCAAAUUAGGCUAAAAAGUUGCCAUUCGCUCCUGUUUGUUAUGUUAGUGGUUUAUCCUCGUAUUUCUUGUUGACUGCCUUCAAGAGGCAAGUAAAUAGGGACCUUUAAAUUCUAAUGGCCUGUUUACAAGGAGAGAGGGUUACCCUUGUGCUAGGGUUACCCUAGCAAGCGGAUUAAAGUUAGCUCUGGUUUACAAGCAAAUUUCACAGGUAGGGUUACCCCCCAGGUAGAGUAAUCCUCUUGCUAGGAUAACCCUUGCACUCAGGUAGGGUUACCCUUAGGCUAGCGCUAGGGUAACCUUACCUGCCUUGUAAACACGUCGUGUAAAAGAAAGAAGCAAUGUGCGAUUUCUAGGGUAACCCUUGCACUAGGGAUACCCUCCCUCCUUGUAACGAGGGCCUAAGACGAGAGAGUACGAUAUUAUCUCAGUACGAAGUAGUGUCUGCGCGAGAACCAGCGUCAUUUUGGCGGGAAAACAUGAUAGCCGCCGUCUUUCUACUACGCGUUUCAGCGAGAAUGUCGCAUUGACGGAAAUAAGUUAUCAAAUGUUAGAAGUUUUAUCAGUAACCCCCUUCAAUAAAAAUAUGAGUGCCAACUUUUAUCGUAAAAAAAGAUACAAUGAAGCUUUUUGCGGUAUCUAUUUCUUGCGUGUCCUCGUAGCCGCGCCCCUGUACUCGAAUCUUACGAUCUCUUAUAAAUACCAGCUGAAUACCAGCUGGGGACAAUCUUCGGUAGACUAUAGUAAUACUUAGAGAUUGGAGGAUAACAUAAUCACGCAACAAAAAAAAGGAACAAGAGUCUCUGUUGCUCGGAAAACUAUAAGACCCCAACAAAGUAUCGAAUUCACAGCCCUGACGGCACACUCGAGCUCCUGCACAACACGGUCGCUCUAAGGUGAAUUUCACUCUAAACGCAAUGAUACGUUGUAUUUAUUUUUCAUGUUCCGUGACAUAUUACGUCAAUUAUUGAUGUGGGCGGAAUCUUCCUUUGAGAGAGCUCUCUGUUUGCUGGGAAAAUGCAUUAUAGGUUGAAUUUGGCCACAGGCGAGGCCGAGCAUAUAAAGUUCUUUAGUGAACUGUACACGCUCCGACUCUGAGCGCUAUGCGUUGUGCAUCCUCCAGAAUAAUUUUAUGGGCAUCACUAGAACUUGAAGAGAUAAUGAUAAGAUAUUUCCGCCAGAAGUCAAAGAAUACAUGCACAAUGUAGAGUGGUAUCUAUAUUCUCUAUAGCCCAUGUUAAACCACUCUCAUCUCUUUAAAACAAAGGUAAGUGCAAAUAGUUUCCCAUUCUCAUUCAAACGCAACUCAUUUUCAUAUGAAAGGUUUUGCCUCAUUUUGAAAGUUGGGGUUUUUGAAACUCAAAAUGGACAGGUUAGUAUAGUGUAUUUUCAAAAGACAUAUGCAUUCAAGAUAUCCCUCCUUUUCUGAUUGGUUUACGACGCCUGGCUAAUUCCUUUUAGUAAAAUCCAACUAGUGGUCUAUCAUCAAUGCUGGGUUCUGAUUGGUUGAGCCACUACUAGGCUACAUGUUAUAGCCCACUAGUAACGCAAAGCGUCGGCUUUUUGGCGGCAAAAAAGGAUUAAAGUCUAGCUUUAACUAGCUGAAGUUGUUUUGUCUCGAUAUUUUUUGACCAACUAGUUGGAUUUUGCUAAAACAAUUAUUCCUCUCGCCCUCAUGACCUGUGAGUCAAUAGCCCAUUCGGCCUUCGGGACUCAGAGCCCAUUCGGGCUCGAGGAAUAAUUGUUAAAUAGCCCUAGCGUUGACUAAAUAUGGAAGAAGUUUACAACGCUAAUGUUGCCAAUUGUAGACAGAAAAAGGGACAGCAGAAGACGCGCUAGUUCAGCUCUUUUGUUAAAGACGGAGAAAAUGACGGAAGAAGAAGUGAUAGUCAAACUACUAAAACGCAGCAAGGAAAGCAAAAAUACCAGUUCGACGAUCAUCGACGAAUGACAACUGCUUCUUAAAGAUUAUCUGCAAGACUAAACAUCUCUUUCUGUCCUAGAUUUGCCCAGCGGCAGGCAAAUUAAGACAGGAACUUGAAAUCGAUCGAGGUAAGCAUGCCUUUUGAAGUUAAACAUAUUUGAACGAAAGAUAACACAAUUAUUUUAUCUGGCUUUCGUAUGAUAUGAAGAAUCAGGCAGACCUGGGAGCGAGGCAGAUAAGCCGUGCCAGAUAAUACCCUCGACCUCGAUCUGUCCAAUUCUUUCAUAUCAUACUAGAAUCGAAUCCAAUAAUUGCGGAUUAGCCUAAAUACUCCAACAAUAUUAGGAUAUACAAAGCGAAAUAAAUUUUGUCUUUUUUCUAUAAAAGCAGUUUUAUUAACACAAAAAGUUAAAAUUGUAGGUUUAAAAGUUUUCGGUAUUGUUUGAAAUAAAAAAUUUUACGACAUUCAAGAAUAUCGAGAUACCUCAUUUUUCCUCAGUAAAACAGUUUUGAAAAUCAUUUCAUUUCCUGAAGUGAGAUAAGGGUGUUAGAACACUUCGUUGUGUCUUCUUUUCCGCGAGAUGUUUAAAAUUUCCUCUUAGAAAAUAAAAUCUGUAGUUUAUAAAAAUUUUUCACUCACUGAAAAUAUUUUACUGCCAUGGUAUUUAAGGCAGUUCAAAGAAUGUACAUGAUUCCGUGAUAUGUCCGUUCCAACAUGACUUCUGUGUGUUCACAGUCAGAUUUUUAAGGAGUUAUAAUAACUCCUCUAGAGGGGUUAAUUUAACUCCUUAAAACUCCUUAUAGAUUAACUCCUUAUAGAUUUCUUCAAAAUUCUAUCUGUGAAGUAUGUAACGAAACGCGAAACGAAUGAGCGGCGAUAGAAUAACUUCAGUUCAUACGUUACAUGGCUUCUGGUUGGACAAACAAUUUCUCCACCGUGGGUCAUGAUUGACAAAAAACGUGCAAAAAUUUACAUGACCAAAUUCAGCACUGAAUCACAUAAUAGGGACUUAAAGCAAAUGGUUACGGCGACCUCUACUGUGGCGGUUGUGGAUGCGGAGUGCUAGAGAAAGUACGUCACCGUAGCCUGCCAAAAUUUCAAGUUUAAGUAAGCGCGUCCAAACAGUGACUAAGGCGUUUCUUGCUCACUUGCUAUCGUUGUUAGUAAGUCGUAAUGACCUCCUUUAGAGAAGCAAGGGAUGUUAAUUUUCUCUCUCAUGAUCAAGGAUUAAUCACUGACGAUAAGUUUUUGUUGCUGGAUGAUUUGUACAAACCCCAAAAUCUGGAUUUUCCGUACAAAUUGUACACGGCAUCUGACCUAGGUUGAGGAUAAGAAAUUUUAAAGUGACAAAACGCAGGAAAACACGUAAUUACUGGAAAACCGGAAGCGUCCAAUACUUUCUUGAUAAAGCAAAAAACAAUCUAUGAUAGGAUUUAAGACCUGUGAUUGAAAAAAAUAGGAGAAAACUAGACUUUUAUACUCAAGCAGUAGCGACUAUGCCACAAGACAGGUCUUCACCUUAUAGGAUUUUGCGCUCGGGCGAAAGGUCAUUUCCAGGCAUUUGCACUGCGUCAUUUUUGGGCUUUUACUUCCGGCCGCCGUAGUAGAGGUCGCCGAGGCGAUUUUCUUAAAGUCCCUAAUACCAACUCCGCGGUAUCGCCAGUACCUUGCGCGUGCGGUCAGCCAUAUGGCCUUAGGCGACUUUCUCUCUUGGCGAAAGGUAUUACUUGCGAUUACUGACCCAGCCGUUUUACGAGGCGAGUUCACAUGCUCCACCUCACACAUGUGGCUGUGGAGGCUCGGGGGCGCAAAACAGUUCUCGGCAAGCGUAUAGAGAUGGGAUCAGCUAUAGAAAUCAGCUAGUGUUCUGCCCAAAAAACUGUUAACAAGAAGACUGGUACUGGCCAUGCCGCGGAGUUGGUAGUGUGUGCUAAAUUGCUGGAUUUGGUCUUAUUUGAAAAAUUCACAUGUCUUUCUACUUGAUAAAACAAACCACUUGAUAGGGCUUUCAAGAAACCAAUUUCUCGAGGCGGUUUUUUUCCGAGGCAUUCCCUCUCAGAACUAUUCAUUAAAUCUUUUUGCCCCUGAUAGAUUCUCAUUAAAAAAUUUCAAAUUGUUAUUUUCAAAAUUCCGGGUUCAAUAAAUGGUACCAUGUCGAAGCCCAUCUGAAGACUUUUCUUUUUUGGAAUAGAAGGACUAGAUGAUUUCCUCCAUAGAUUAAAAUGUUACCACGAGGUUGUUCAGAAUUAGAGCAAUGACAUACACUGGGGACGCGUUGGAGAGGCGUUGAAAAAUUUCGAAAUUCAUUGAAAGGCACCUUGGUGUCAAUGCACUCCGAGCCUGUCGUUCAAGAUUUUAUUUGUGGAUUGAAUUAAAUAUGGCACUUCAGAAUAAGAUACAUCUUAAACCAAGUCAUGCUAAUGCCUUGUAGUAUAUAGCACGACAGGGCUUGCCACGCAACGAAGAUUUAGCACGAUUUUAGAAACGGACCAAGUUUACCUUCCUAACUAUAAGCGUCUGAGUAAGUUACGGUGCGAAAAAAAAACCGUGAUCCUGAAAAAAGUUAUUUUAGUCGCGCUAAAAGAUUUCGUCAAAAAACUGAAAAUUAAGGAAAUAAAUGUUGAAGAAUUUUAAAGGAUUUAUAAGCUUUGUUGAAGAUAGUUCUUUGAAAAGUUCGAUGAUUAUUUUUCCAUUUAGUCUUUCGCCGGGUCAUAAGACCACAAGAUCAUUUGUACAAUUUGUCAAAAAUAGCUAGCCAUUUGCUUUCUCUUAAUGUUUUCGCCACUUCAGUACUUUUAUACCGAAAAUGGCAUCCUCUAUCAUUAUGAAUCCAUCAUAAGCACUCCGCCAGUGCAAUAAACGAGUAUUAUAAGUAAGAAAAAAAGCUUUUCAGGAGCUUUCAUUGGAGUUGUUAGACUUGAGGAUUUUAUCAAAGCAUUCAAAGCUAAGGAAGGAAAAGAGAAUUUCAAAAGAAAUUUUUAAGAUGAAAGGGUUCGUUAAUUUUCCAUUUGGUUGAGCGGCUCUUUAAACUCUUCACACUUUUAUGUUACUUCAUUUCUCGAUCAUUGCCCGCCACCGAUAUUUUCAUUUUCUGCCAUUCGUCCCUCUUAUUAAAAUGAAAAAUGUGCUCUGUCAUCCUCCAUGAAUUUACGAAUUUUUAGGCGUCAAAUGUCAAUGCCAAACCUUAUUCAUUUUUUGCCACUAGUUACUCUUCGGUACCAAUUUUCCAGUUUUCAGAUUUCAACCAGUGACAGUUUCGAUUCUGUUUGUCAAUCUAAAUUAGUAGCAACGAUGGCACCCAGAAGAGCUUUCAGAUAAAAUGUCAUUAAUAUAUUUUUCCAGAAGAAUGACAACUUCAAUUUGAAAGCAAAAUGAAUUUCAGUAAAAGUUUCCGGAUAACUGCUGUACUACAUAAGACUAGACAAACAGACUGAAAAUCAAAUAACAUUUAACAACGUGGCGAUACCUUGGUGAUUGAAGAAUUGACAAUUUGAUUUAGGGUAUAAACUACUCCGUUUAGCAUUAAUUUGCGUUACUAUUUCUUAACAAUAAGCCUGCGGUAAAGUACUGUAUAUUUUUUUCUGUCCUCGUCCUCCGAAUUUGCACGAAAGCUUCCUAAUAUAUAUCUAUGAUCAAUCAUUUGCGAUGGCGUCCUCAUAAAUGCCAUAAAAAAGCGAUUUGAUUGGUUGAGGUCAGCUUCAUAUUAUGACAUAAUUUGCAAAGAUUUCUACACUUUUGCUGUUAAAUCUUGCACAAUUCAUAUCAAAACAACUUAAGAGGUUUCUUUCAUGCACGACGGCAGCAAGAUAAAAUGAUUUAAAUUUGUACAUCAGUUUAUACUGAGAAAUUUUUUUACAGCUGUCGAAUUUUUCAAAGAAGUAUACAGCAAAGAGCUCAUGGUGACCCUAGACUAUAUGGGAAACCAACAGAAAGCUGUAACGACAAAUGUGAGUAUAUAAACUAAUCAAGCUACAAAAAGGUAGGUUUAGCUUUCUAAAUUCAUUUUUUCCAUAAUACUUUGAUGUACAUGUAGUUUCUCUCUAUAAAUGAGCUAAGAGAGCAGAAGGUCUAACCAAAAUUUGAUUCAAAUGGAACGGCUUUUAGGCAUUGAAAACUAGACUCAGGACGACAACGACGCUGCUAACUAUCGGAGACCAGUUCUUAAGAUAACACAUCGCUUCGACAAAAUUGAGUAGGCAAUGAAGGCAAAAAAUGACUGAGCAUUCCGUGACUUAAAGUUAAACAUUUCCCGUUUAAAAAUGUAAAAGAUAAAGAAAAUAAAACGAGGUUAUUUUAGUGACAAUUUUAAGUGAAAUCCGUUUUACCGUCAUUAGGAUUUGGAAAAUAUUGUUUUACUAGAAUGUGUAAGGCAGGUUGUAUUUUACUAUCACAGACAGUUAUAGUUUCACCAUUUAUUUUUGAUAUCUCUAGUCUUAUUCAAAUCUUAUUAUUAAUAGAAUCUCAUGCAAUAAUUCAAUAGAAGAGCUAAAGAGCUAAAACGAAGUUAAAAGAAGACUAUUUUGAGGACUCUCUUGCAAAUAAGUCGAUAAAAAUUGAACAAAGAUAAGAUUAGAAUCUACCACAAAAUAUAGAACAAAAUAUCCAAUACACUUUCAUUAAUACAGUAUGAAUGGAUUAGAGGAUCCACUGGCGACAAAUUUAAGUUUUUGUGAGUUUGUUUGUUUUAGCAGUUUUCUCUUUACGCAAGCUUUCCUCGAUAGACAAGCAAUGAAAGUUUCAUCCCUAUUUAUUUUAUAAACAAUUAUGGUCAAAUUUUUGAGCCAAGGCAGAAAUAAACCGCAAAAUCAAUCUUCAUCACUCCUGGUACAAUAGAAUUGCAAAUGUCGAAUGUAAUAAAUGUCAUAAAUGUAAUUUAAUUCCUAUUUUAUUCCUCCUUUGUCUUAUUCAUCGGGAUUUUUUGCAAUUUAUAGAAUCGGCCAGAACCUAACGGCACUUAAAGCACCAGAUUUGCGAUUUCUUUGUCAUAAUGCUGGAUACAUUGCUGGUCAAGUAUUAAAAUGUUUCUUCGCGAGAACUAAAAGGAACAUUUCAUUUUUUUAAAAAAGCAAAAUACUCAGGGAAGGUCAAACCCAAGGUAGAAAAGGUAAACAAUUCGGAACAUUGGAUAGCAACAGUAAGCGGCUUUUCUAGCUGUGAGACCUAAGCCACAAGAAGAGACUUGACCGCCUCUCGCAAAAAGAUUCGGAGAGGAUGAACUAAACGAAUAAUCGAUCAAUUGAUUUUAUUUAAUGUUUAAUAUCUUUACAGGCACAGAAAGCCCGGGAAUGUAUUGGCAAAGGACACAAUUUAUUUUAUUGAGAAAUUCACGGCCCUGUAAGGAAGAAACAUUGGUUACCUUCAGGAUCAUACAUCGCGCUUUUGAACAAAUUUAGAGAAACUUGAAAGACAUUAGGCAAACGUUGUUAGGUUUGCACGGAUUCAAUACCUUUUUUCAACCUUUUCCUAUUUUUAGUCAAUCCUUCGUGAUUUGCCCAGAGUGGAAUCCACCGUUGUGAAAAACCUAGUCCUACGAGGCGGUUAUAACGCGGGGUCUCUUGUAAUAUUUCUUAAGCAUCUCAUUGUAACUGCAAAAUUAAAGUUUAUCAACCUUUCUCUCAGUUUAAGAUGGCGAGCUCUACACCAGAGACACCAAGCAACGGCAACAUGGUUGAGGAAAAAUUUGACGAGCAAGUCGUUCUAAUUUCCACGACGUUUCUCGUUAUCAUCAUCCUCAUGGCUUUGUUUGGAAAUGUUUUGGUUGUCAUUGCCUUUGCUGUUUUCCAAAAACUCCGCAGCAUGACUAAUUAUUUUAUAGUGUCUCUUGCUGUGGCGGACAUUCUUGUAGCAGCGGUGUCUAUGCCAGUCUGGGUUGCAUAUCUCCUCACUGGACCUGCGUGGAUGUUUGAUUUGUGGCUUCAACAGGUUCUGAAGAGUUUCACCUUUUUAAUCUUGUUUUCUAGGAUUUGAAUUUUCCAGACAAUUUUUAAUCCUAGGCCUAAACCAAUAAGAUGAGCAAGUAGCAAGUACACGGGGACAACACUGAUCAGGCACUGAUCUAAGAAAAAACAUGACUGUUUUCGAUUGAACGCAGGAGGUACAGGCACCUUGUCGCACCAUGUAAGGUUACGCAAGACAGUCUUGGAUUUUGAAUUUCACGCGGUGGGUUUCCGGAUUCCGGUUAAUGGGUCUGGAUUCAUUGUCAGUGGAACAUGGAUUCCGAAUUCCAAACGUUAACGGGAUUUCGGAUUCCUUGAGCUAAAUUCCGGGUUCUAUAAGUAAACAUUCCCCGGAUGCCGAAAUGCGGAUCGGAUUACCUUACAUGGAGUGACACUAAAAUCUUUUGCGUUGUCCCCGAAAAGUCAAUGAAAAUUUUGACUCUUGAAAACCCGCUCCCCUUUAGAGAAUCUGUUUUAAGAAAUUUUUCAAAAUUCAAUCAGUAGAAAAUUGAGUGAAAACAGGUGAACCAUAAAGAGGUCAAAAUACUAAGAUUUUGUGCUUUCUUGACCAGGUUUGGAGUUGUGUUGACAUCCUCUGUGGAGUGGCUUCCAUCCUUCAUCUCAGCUUAAUUAGCAUCGAACGUUACAUCUGUAUUUCUUCGCCACUCACCUACCACGAAAAAAUGUCGACCACAAAGGUACUGGUAGCCAUACUGAUUAUAUGGUUGUUCUCAAUCUUCAUGGCUGCCCUCAACUUAAUCAUCUGGUCUGUACCUCCGCCAGUCUACGAGAUAAUCGUAAGUGUCUUGUGCUUUUUCAUUCCCUUGGUGGUCAUGCUUGUGUGCUACAUGAAGAUAUACAAAGCCGCCCGUCAUCAGAUAAAGAAGAUGAUUCUCACGGUUCAAGGAAGCCCUAAGAAAUUUCUUCUGUCCAAGGAACUCAAAGCAGCAAAAACAGUAGCUGCUGUUAUUGGUGCUUUUGUCAUCUGCUGGGGGCCUUUCUUUGUUCUAAAUCUCAUCUUCGGUCUCUGUAAAAGCUGCUCACCCCUCCCCGAAGAGUCAGUUCUUGCGGCCAAAUGGUUGCAUUAUGUCAACAGCGUACUCAACCCAAUCAUCUACGCUUGCAUGAACAAAGACUUUCGCGCCGCAUUCAAGAAGCUUCUUGCUUUUAUCUGCUUUUUCCUUCCGGGGGUCCAGCGGCAGGACAUGACACUAGAAAGGUCGUUUUAUAGCGAGAGGAACUCUAUUCGAUCAGCUAGGGGAAGCUCUUUCAAGGAAGUGAAUUGUCGAAAGGAAAGCAGUUCACUGCACUCAAAUGUAUCUUACAAAGAUAUAAAUGGAUACCAGUCAUGGGAAAAGCCAUGUUUUGUAUGA